CCGCUCAGCCGGCAUCGAGUGCGCGUCGGUUCAGCGUCCAAACUUUUCCCGUCGUGUCGUCGUCGUCGCCGUCGUCGUCGUCGAUUUUUCACAUCCCUUGCGAUUGGUCAGUGAAACGUUCCUUUCGAUUUCCGAUCUCACCGGAAAGGUGAAUUUCAUUUCACAUAGACAGAAUUUUUUAUCUAUACAUUAUUGGCCGCGAACUAAAAGAGAAGAGGCGACGAACAAUUCUUCGUUUCCCCCGUGGUUGGGCAAAACUCAUGGAGGAUUGAGGUGUAUUUGUUGAGUGCGUAGUUCGGGGAUAGUGGAUCGAACGAUUGGACACAUAUACGUACAUAUAUAUAUAUAUAUAUACAUAUAUACAGACACAUACAGAUACAUAUAUAUAUAUAUAUAUUUGGUGUUGAUAUCGAGGAUUAAUAAUAUCAAUUCCUCCCCUCCCUUCUCCCCUUUGGAUGGUUGUUGCGCCACGACGAAUGUGUAUAUCGUGAAGUUUAAAUAUGCACCUACCGGAAGGUCCACUAGGAAUGGACAUGAAUGCUAUGCAUGAGACUCUACAGGCGUGUCACGGUGAUUUGGUUAGAACCGGAAGUCCUGCUAUCCUGUGCAGCGCCUUGCCAUCCCACUGGAGGUCGAACAAAUCGUUGCCGGUAGCGUUCAAGGUCGUUGCCCUGGACGACGUCAGCGACGGGACUCUGGUCACCAUUAGAGCUGGAAACGACGAGAAUUGUUGCGGGGAGUUGAGAAAUUGUACAGCCGUUAUGAAGAACCAAGUGGCCAAGUUCAACGAUCUCAGAUUCGUCGGGCGAAGCGGGAGAGGGAAAUCGUUCUCACUGACCAUCCAAAUCAGCACGGUACCCUUCCAAGUCGCCACCUACACAAAGGCGAUCAAAGUGACCGUUGACGGGCCGAGAGAGCCACGAUCCAAAUCUAAUUAUCAGUAUGGACAUGGAUUCCCUGGACUCGGAUUGCUGAAUCCUUGGGUGGACGUGGCGUAUCUAGGACACGCGUGGCACUUGCCCCAUCCUGCCUUCGUCAAAGGAACCAUUCCGAUGCCAUCCACGGAUCUAUUUCCACCGACGUUCCCGCCAUCUGUUCUGCCAUCGUACCCGUUCGACCACGUGAAAUACCCGGCCGAGUAUGCCACCACGCUACCGCCGAAGUCGAGCAGCAGCUCGAGCGCACAGGCGACGAUCCCAACCAGCCCGUCCAGAACACCGCCAAAGAGCCCGAGCGAGUCGGGGAGCGAGUCGGCAGCCGAGGAGGUUCGAAGCGCUUUCGUGCCCAUCAGAUUGAACACCCUGCCGCCGACCACGUCCGUCGUCACAGCCUCCUCCGCCUCGUCCCCGGAGCGGCUGCCCACCAGGAAGGGAGUGGUGGAGGGUUCGAGGAACGAGCUCAAGGCGCCGACAGCCCUCAUCUCCCGCUCCCUGUCGCCCAAGAGGAGCCCCUCUCCCACCAAGAUCUCCUCGCCACCGCCCGCGAAACCGGUGUGGAGACCCUACUAGGGCGAGUCGAGGACCAGGUGAAACGAGGGCGUACAAUCCCCGUUGAAAGGCUAGUGAUUAUUUGGACGCAUCGUCGGGGAAUGUACUUUCCUUUCUCUUCCUUUUCCUCCGAGGAAAGAAGCGCGAGAAAUCCUUCUUCUCUAUUUCCGUUUCCUUCUUCCUUUUCUUCCGACUUCUCCACCCCACUUUUCGCGAGUCUUGUCAGAUCCCUUUGAUUCUUCACGCUCCGGAGUGUGCGAUGCAACGACGAAGAUACAAAAAAGAUGUAAAGAUCUAAAAUCUACACCUACAGUGAUGUCUUCGGUUUUACGAGGAUGUUGAUGAGGUAGCUUGGACGCAACGUGGAUGAGGAAACAUGACGCUGAUACGUUUGAACUUGAUCGAUGCCGAUUUCUGAUCUUCCGGACAUUCGACUAAGUGAUUUUCAUCGAGUUGAAAAUUCGAUCGCUAGUCGAUUCCUUUACAUAUGUACAUAAAAUUUGUAUAUAACUUGUAGAUAGUUAGAUAACGACGAUUGUAGAGAGAUAAAAGGGGGUAUCAUUGUACAGAUUUUUGUUUUUUCUCUCUCUUCUCGAGACGAGGAAUGGAAGAAAAUAUGAAUGUAGUAUGAAGUAUGGAAGUAUGCGUGCGAGAAAUUCUGAUGGUUAAAAAAGACAGAGAUGUUAAUAUUAUUUAUAAACCAGAGAUCUAAUUUAAUGUAUACAGAUGGUAUAUAUAGAGAUACGGCGCAAAAUAAAAAUUCAAAUCAUUGCGUAAA